UUCCGCAUCCGUUACUUUUGACUUCGCGGGUCGUUUCCAUGGAAAUCCACCGACGGACCACGUGUUUCCCCCACUUCCGCUCGACCCCGUGGUUUCUUUAAGUUGUAAAAUCGUUGAAUCGGAGUUUAGAUCGAAACUUUUAACAGUCGGUCGAUCGUGUCCGUCAUCAUGUCAGUGCUGUCUGUGGUUGAACAGGCGAUCAAGUCCUGCAAAGCGGAACAAACCAGGAUCCACGACAGUAUUCAAUUCUACAGGGAAUUAUUACACAGCUUAGCACCACAUCACACGUCGAGCUUUGAGGAGACAGAACAUUCCGAUGCUGCAGUUGAAGACACAGAUACCUCACCAGGGGAGAAGGAAGAUAUAGAACUGCUUGAGCAAGCUCUGGAGAAAGCUCUUCGAAUCCGCACCAGCUCAGGAGCCUCUGUAAAGGACCAAGACGGAAAAAAGCCUGCUCGGCCUCUAAAAGAUGUAGCGUCGUUUAAAGGAGGUCGAACAACCAUCGGACCGACCUCUAAAUUGGCUAGUCUCGACAGAAAAGAGCACAAAAAACCUGUAUCAUCAGUAUCCUCCACACAAGGCUCCAGGCCCUCAGCCAGCAUCGAUCCUGGAAAGUCCACAAUCAAGCCAAACAACAGGAGCACAAUCCAGAAGCUUCCUGUCUCGUCAGCUGAGGUUCUGCAUCACCAGGCAGUGAGGAAAUUGCGGCAGGCCGCUUCAGCCUCGGGCGGUCGCAUCUCAACCUCGCACUCUAAAAACAGGACUAUUAAAAGCAGCGUGCUGAGUGGUGGUGACCCGGGCAAAGCUGCAGCUAUCUCUGCACCUCCUUCAAAUAACACACUGCCUUUUCCACACACACACAAGGCCGCGGCUCAUGGUUUGCCUCGACGCGACGGAAAAACGUCUGAGCAGAUCACAAAAUGGAAAUCUUUAAGGAACAAGCAAAACAGGUUGGCUCAAUUCGAUCUGUGGAUUUGGUUAGAAUACCACGCUUGGCUCCACAGUUUUAGUUUGACCCUAGGUUUUUUUCUCCGUGUUAUCUUGAGGUUGUGGGACAAAGUUGUUGCCCUACAGAGGAAUCCUGUGCCUGGGAGGAGUCACUUCAUGGAGAGAAUGAGAGAUAUGUUCCCUGAUGAUUCGCCGUGUGGCAGCACAGAUCCGACCGGGGCCCUGGCCGACAAGCUGACUCAUCGAGGGCUCCACCUCACACAUCACUGCCAGACGAAUGAGCUUCUGGCCAAACCAACCCCAGAAGCUACCGUAGUAAACGAGCUGGAAACUCGGGAUCGAUGGAGGCCGGAGGGAGGUGGUCUCCCCCUGACUAUAACCUACACCACGGAGGCAGAGCUGCGAGAGGUGGAGAUGCUGAGGAUGUGGGUGGCACUGCUGCAGCAGGAGCUGAGCUUUGAGCAGGCUCUGUCAGACACUCUGUCCCCUCAGCUCGUAUCUAUAGCACCAGGGCCUGGAUGUCCCAGCGCCAGUGUGCUGAGAGAUAUGUACUCCCUGCUGGGUGAAGGAGGGCAGCGUUUCCCUGCUACAGUCCUGGACUGUGAGCCUGACUGACCACAGAACAUACAGUCAUACAUUGAGUUACCAGUUCAUGAGUGUCGGACGUCACACAGAAGAAGACCAAUCGCAGCGUUUGGACUUCCCCUUUUUUCCUUCCCGAGCUCCACCCCCUCCGGUCCUUUAUAUAUCCCCCAUCACUACAUUCAGCAGAGUGUACAAUGUGCUGCCAGAGAGCCAGCAGGCAGCGUACAGAGAAACAGCCAGAGAGGGAGGGAGAGAAGGGGAAAGUGUGAGUGGAUUUCCGCGCUGACUUAGACGCCUUCAUCUGACACACUCCAGCCAUUCCUGCUCCAUUCAUUUCUCCGGUUUCACGUAGACCUCCUUCUCCUCCACUCUGUCUGUCUCUCUCUCUCUCUCUCUCUCUCUCUCUCUCUCUCUCUCUCUCUCUCUCUGUCUGUUUGUCCAGGCCAGACUGCAAACGUGAUCCGAGAGGCCAACGCUGCGGCCGGGUCUCCGGAUCCACCAGCC